AUGGCUUCAAUGAUGCGUAAUGAUUCCUGUCCCUGUGCUCCUGAUGAAUUACAACAACUGUUUACCGUUCCUGACACUCAAACAGCCGUUACCAAAGUAACCAAAGUCCGCAAAUAUCCACUGACCAGCGAUUUGAACCAUGAUGGUCCCUUGGAAUUUUUGAUUCCUAAUUCAAGUACAGAUUUCAUCGACUUGGCCAACAUUAGUUUGUACCUGAAGUUGAAAGUAGUCAAAGAGGAUGGGACGAAUGUCGGUGCGAAUAAAAAAGUCGGACCCGUCAACAAUUUCUUUCACUCUUUGUUUAAAGAUGUGAAAAUGCGCCUAGGAAAAGAUUCCGACAUGUUGGUGACUGCAUCCUUACCCAAUUAUCCCUACAGAGCUUACUUGGAAAAUUUGCUGAGUUUUGGUCGUGGGGCCAAAAACAACCAACUCAAUCAACAAGUCAUGUGGGAGAAAGACACGGCAGGCCAAUUAGAUAGUACACAAGCCGUUCAAACUGGUGCUGGUGAUACCAUCGUACCCGUUGUUAACCAUGGUUUGGGAGAAAGAAGAAAAAAGAUGGAUGGUGUGGAUGUUCGCAUCCAAUUGGAAAGACAACAACCAAAAUUUUAUUUGAUGUGGAACGAAAACAACGAAGCAUACAAAGUGGAAUUGAUCAAAGCCUAUUUGGAAGUACCUUUUGUUACGCUGGCACCAUCAACCUACACACGAAUUGCUGAACAACUACAAUCGAACAACGCCAAAUAUCCACUCAAACGAGUAGUCGUCAAAGACAUCAGCAUACCCAGUCGUCGACGUUUUCACGUUUUGGAUAAUUUAUUCAUCAACGAAGUCUUGCCUAAACGUCUCAUUUUGGGUUUGGUGGAGAACGAUUCUUACGACGGCAAUUCCAUCAAGAAUCCAUUCAAGUUCCAUCAUCAUCGAUUAGAAUACAUCAAACUGAUGAAAAAUGGCGAUGUGGUGGAAGAAUAUUUCAUGGAUUUUCCAAACAAACAAGCCACAACACCAUAUUUAGAUUUGAAAAGAGUAGGAAUACUCAACAGCAAAGAAGAUUUGGAUAUGUCUUACAACGACUAUAUUAAAGGCUACACUCUUUUUGGUUUUGAUUUAACCAAUGACCACGGAGCAGAUCAACAUUUUCCUCAUGAAGAAAGGAAGACUUUAUUAGUUGACCAGCUUCGGUUUCCAGUGUGGAAUUUUUAA